CCGAACUGCAGCGUCGGCUUCAGCUUCAACUUCAACUUCAUGUCCAGUACCUCUUCAAAGUCUUGAGGCCUUCCUCCUUGCUCCAUGGCAGAUUACCAAGUGCAUGUCUCAUCUUAUAUAAGACAAUUUUGAAAGACUCGGAAUGCUCUGGAUUGAUAGGGUGUGCUAGUAGAUAUUUGUUCUCACUGCAGUGGCUGGCGGUUUGUCCAUGGCAGGCACCACGUUUGGAUAAGACGAGUGUGCUGGACACUCAUUUGAACAGCGUGAUCAACGCUCUCAAGUGGGUCCCGAGCCCGCAGCAGGCGCAUUGGCAGUCUGAAGCAAGUUCGACCCUCACUUCCAUCCAUGUUGAGUGCAAGCUGCGAGCAAUGCAAGACAUAAACCAAGUCUCUCCAGACCUGAUAUAUUGUCAUUUCUUCUACACCUGCCUCAACGCUUCUUACUGAGGAAGCUUCUUCUUCUAACAUGAUGUUCGCACCUAUCGGCCUAUUCAAGGACAUACCUUGUCCGGAAGGACAAAACUGCUUGCUCUUGACCUGCAUGUUCUCUCAUAAGAAUAUCAGAUCCCCCUCAGAUCUUCGAGAGACCCAUCAGGGCGCACAUGUAUCACAGGCAACGCCGCACGAUGCAGCAACAGCUUCAGGGCAAUCGGGAUCUGUCAAACCCAAAACACCAGCUACGAGUGAAGAUAAAGCUAAGUCGAAUGGCAAACCCUCGCCUAUACCCAGAAAAGAAGUUGCCAGUCAGAUCCCACCAUCAACAACCGCAGCGAUCAAAAGGCCUAAGCCCAAUAGUCAAAGCCCUGUCAAGCUUCAGUCAUUGUCCAGAGAGAUCACUCCGCCAGCAAAGGCAAGCUCGACCCCAGCAAAGUCGAGCGCAUCCACCUCGCACAAAGCUCGCCCACCGAGGCAAGCGCCACGGGAGAGCCUAAACCCUCGGAUGCUGACGAAAGCACCUGCCCCCCAUGGCGUGCGACUGUCUAUAAUAACCAAACUACAUGCUGCAAUGUCUGCUCUAAAUGACAAAAUGGGCAAAGACAACGAGAGCAAGGACAAGUAUCUAGUCCUCACACCCAAUGAGCUUAUCACUAUGGCCCUGGAUGAAGAGGAGAAGACGGCAAAAGAUAAUCCAGGCAUAUAUUCUAAUGUCAUCAAGCUCCGGAUCGUGAAACUCUCGAAAAUGAGCAAGGACGACUGGGCAAAUGAAGUGAAAGUUCAUCUGAAUGAGCGCUACUAUAAGCUUGAUCCCGAGCCCGAGCACUCGAAACCAAAGGUUCUGGACACUGGGCUCAACACCAAAGAAGAAAUAGCUUUGACGAACAAGCUGGUCACUCCCCUGCAAGGUCUGGAGGAGCACGGGUACGUGACUAAAGCCCCCACAGAUGCGGAGGUGGAAAGUGCCAGGAAGGGCGUCAUCGAAUCCAAGGGGUGGGAGAAAUGCGAUCGGUGUGGAGGGAGGUUUCAGGUCUUUCCUGGUCGUCGAGAGGAUGGAACAUUGACGACUGGAGGGCAAUGCACAUAUCACCCGGGGAAACCUCUUUAUCCGCCAAGAAAGAAGACGGAUCACAUCACUGGGCAUAGAGAGGCAUACUUUUCUUGCUGCAACGAGUCGGUAGGAACUUCGGCUGGGUGCACUAAGGGGAACACCCACGUCUUCAAGGUGUCGGAAACCAAACGACUCGCAUCAAUCUUUCCAUUCGAAAAGACUCCAGCGCAGCCAGACAAAGGGCCACUGCCGCCAAUUUCCUUCGACUGUGAAAUGGGGUACACAACACAAGGGCUCGAGCUGAUUCGGCUCACUGCUGUUAGCUGGCCUAAAGGCGAAGCACUCUUGGAUGUUCUUGUCAGACCCAUAGGUGAAGUUUUGGACUUGAACUCACGUUUUUCUGGCGUCUUUCCAGAACACUACACGAAAGCCAUCCCAUACGGUAGCUCUGUCCAGACGAGCGCAGCGGUGCUGGAGGAUGGGGAAGUAGAAGCGCCUCCCCUGCAGGUCGUCGAGUCGCCUGCCGCAGCCCGGGCGCUGUUGUUCAGAUAUUUACAACCAGAUACACCAUUGAUCGGGCAUGCGAUUGACAACGACCUCAAUGCUUGUCGCAUCAUCCAUCCGACGAUCAUUGAUACGGUUUUUCUUUACCCGCAUCCACGGGGCCUACCCCUUCGCAUGAGCUUGAAGGUUCUCUGUAAGAGACAUUUGGAUCGAGACAUCCAAACAGGAGGCAGUCGUGGUCACGAUUCCAAGGAAGACGCGAUCGCUACCGGUGAUUUGGUGAGGGUCAAGGCAGCAGAAACUUGGAAGGUCCUCAAAUCUAAAGGAUGGCGCAUCCACAAUGCUCAGCUUGUGCCUCCACCAGGCACAGCAGACGCUGACGCUGCAGCUGCACAUGGUAAGCUUGGAUUGGGAGCAGGCCAGAAGCGGACAAGCGCGACAUUGGGGAAUGAGGCAUGACAUGAAGUAGGAUAUGAUAUAGUUCAGUGAUACCCACGGUAUAUACACCGG